UCUCUCUUCUUUUCAAAAAAAGUUUAAAACUUUUCUUCUCUCUCUCCAUCUCUAGAAGAAAAAACAGAGAUUCUCUCUAAAAUACCAAACCCCUAAAAUCUCCAGAUUCAUUUUUGGAUAGUUCGAACUUACUCUUGUCUGUUGUACUACUCUCUUGUCAUUGUCCUGUCAGAGAGAGAUAGUUAUUAAAAACCCUAGGAGAUUUUGAAAUUUCUUAGAACCCUAGAGAGAGUGGAAGAUGAAAAACUCCGAAGCACCCAUCUCCAUCUCUAUCUCCAUCUUCGUCUCUCUGAUUCUAGCUUCGAGUUUCUUCUUCACUGCGACGGCGAAAUCAACAAUCGAACCUUGCUCAAGCAACGACACUUGCAACUCUUUACUCGGCUACACACUCUACACCGACCUCAAAGUCUCGGAGGUGGCAUCUCUCUUCCAAGUUGACCCAAUCUCAGUCCUUUUAGCUAACGCCAUCGAUAUCUCUUACCCAGACGUCGAGAACCAUAUCCUUCCUUCCAAGCUCUUCCUCAAAAUCCCAAUCACUUGCUCCUGCGUCGACGGAAUCAGGAAAUCUGUCUCCACCCAUUACAAAACCCGGCCUUCUGAUACUCUAGGUUCGAUUGCUGACUCUGUUUACGGAGGUUUGGUCUCUGCCGAGCAGAUCCAGGAAGCUAACUCGGUGAAUGACCCUUCGUUGCUUGAUGUUGGGACGAGUCUUGUAGUACCCUUGCCUUGCGCUUGUUUCAAUGGCACCGACAAUUCUUUGCCCGCUGUUUAUUUGUCGUAUGUUGUGAAGGAGAUUGAUACAUUGGUCGGAAUCGCGAGGAGGUAUUCGACUACUAUUACUGAUUUGAUGAAUGUGAAUGCUAUGGGAGGUCCUGAUGUUAGUUCUGGAGAUAUUCUCGCUGUUCCUUUGUCAGCUUGUGCUUCGAAGUUCCCCAGCUACGCCUCAGAUUUCGGAUUAAUUGUUCCAAAUGGUAGCUACGCUCUAGCUGCAGGUCACUGUGUGCAGUGCAGCUGUGCACUUGGGAGUCGCAAUUUGUAUUGUGAGCCUGCUUCUUUAGCUGUCUCAUGCUCAAGUAUGCAGUGUAGGAACAGCAACCUCAUGCUUGGUAACAUCACAGUGCAGCAGAGUAGCGCUGGCUGUAAUGUUACAACCUGUGAUUACAAUGGUUUUGCCAACGGAACUAUCUUGACCAUGCUGACCAGGUCUCUUCAACCUCGAUGUCCCGGACCUCAACAAUUUGCACCUCUUCUAGCUCCACCGGAUACUGUUCCAAAGGAUGUAAUGUAUGCACCAGCACCUUCACCUGAUUUUGAUGGUCCUGGAUCGAUAGCAUCUUCGCCAAGAUCAUCUGUGCUUCCUUCAAGCGGUGGUUCCUUCCCAGGUAAUCCAGCUAAUGGUCCAGCCGGUAGCUCCUCAACCGCCUCUGCCUUCUCGGUUAACUACUUCUGCACAUUUCUCAUCUCCAUUGCUUCUUUCUCCUUUGUUUUCUCAUGUUGAUUCAACAACAAUUGUUUAUUUUCCGCGCAUUAAAACCUCUUAUGUGAAAUUGUUGAUGAGUAAAACCAAAACAUUGGUUAUUGAUCUCUUUGAUUUA